GAAGCUCAAGGCUCAAGCUGGCGCUCUGUAUCCUGAUUCCUAGCGGAAGAACCAUUGGCGAAGGAGCGCCACUGCAUUGGCGCACUCUUUUUGAAGUUAAGCGGCGUUCGGGACGAGCCCUACUUUCAUUUCAAAACGUGAAUGCUGCAUCUGUGCGAGAUUGUCAAGGGGCAGAAUUGCGUUCAAUUGGCGUGUAGGCCGUUGAUUGGGACUGUUUUUCUGCGAGUGGCAGACUUGCUUACCUCAGCAUGGAGAAUGCAGCGGACCUGGAGCCUGGGUUGGAUGGAGUAAAUGUGGCCGUGAUGGAGGAGCACUAUUUUGCCGGUGCGGUCCAGGGCCAAUUCACACCAGCUUCGCAAGCCGACGGCGCAAACGCCACUACGGCCCCAGACCUACCCAACCAAGGCCCCCUCUUUCCUGCUGGGGACGAGUCUCUCCACACCCCGGCCGCCUCGCCGCAGGAAGAGUUUCACCCAGCUCUUGACGAGCAGGAGUUUGAACAGGAGUUCAAUGCAGCGUUCACGGACCAUGUAGCGUUCCACGAUUUGCAGCCAGGGACCGAUGCUCAAGGGAUUGGGGUUGGGGGAUAUACUGAUCACAUGGGGGAUUUUGGAGACGGGAAGGCUGAGCAGGGACACGAAGGGGAGCUUGACGAUGGGGGGGCGGAAGCUGUGCCGGAAUUUGAGCAAGGAGUGGCGAGGGGGACGAUGGGGGUAGGGUGGCCGUUCGCACCUGCGGGAUGGCAGUGGAGGGUCGCGCCUCGUUCGCGACUCCUUGCAUCGGGCCACUAUGCAGACGUCCAUCGAACUCCCCCCAAUGGUCGUGAGCUACACUCUAUGAAGCAAGUCGAACGGUAUCUGCGAGAAGAGCUGGGCCUGUCGGAGGGGGAAGUACAGAAGUGCAUGGACUUUGAGGCCCGGAUCCCCGCAACUAGAGACAUAAUUGAGGCUGAGAGGGCCAAGACGCCGGGGAAGAAGGCGAAGUCUGCCCCCAAUGCCAGUCUUUCCAAGCAAGAGCAAGCCGAUGAAGAGACAGAGGACGAAGGAGCCGUCAUCACUCCGCAAAACGUAGUAUAUGAAGAAGAGGAGGACGAAGAGGAAGCGGAGGACGAGAGCGUGGAGUACAUGCUGGACGAGUUCCUCAAGUCCCCCGAGAACUGGGCGUCCAUCGGGUGGCGCCUGCGCGGGCCCGAGGGGCGCAACCAGCAGAAGCGGCUCCUCGCCGAGGCGCGCGCGCGCGACGAGUCCCCCGAAAAGUCGCUGAAGCGCCUGAAACUGCGGGUGCUCAAGUUCCCCGCGUUUCUGCGGUCCGAGGAGCUGGAGGCGCUCCCGCACUCGCUGCUGACAUUGGUGACGCUCGUGAUGACGGAAGGGGUGGUCUACGAGGCGAAGAGCCGGCGGAUGCUGAAUGGUGAACUGGUGCUGAUCGUACGGGAACAGCUGACGAAGCACCAAAAAGCUGCGGGCUUGGACGAACUGGGAGUGCCAAUCAGGCCUCGGGAAAAGAAAGUUAAAAAGGAGAACCGCCAGGUUCAGACAGACGACGUCGUGGCCAUCAAGAAAAGAAAACACCGGCCGUCUGGGGAAGAAGAACCGGACUCCAAGCGCAAGCGCAAGAGCCUGAACGACCUACCCGAGAAGCCCGCAAAGGGGGAGCCCCAUUUGGUCAACCGGGUGAUCCAGCUCAAGCCGAGCCUCUCGGGACUCUCGGUGGAAGUUGACGGCGAAGAUCCGGAAGAAGAGACAGUGGAGCAACCGAUGCCGCGCCUGCUGACCCCAGAAGCCACGACGGACGCUCUGAAUGCCGCUCUUGAAGCCGCGGCAGAAACUCCGACAGGAGCCCAGCCAGAACCUUUUGCGGAGCAAGCCGGGCCCGCCUUUGGCUCGCCACUCUUCUUCGCCGACCAGAGCUUGGGCGAGGAGGCGUGCCAAGCCGAAGGGACUGCGCAACAAUCGCAACAAGAGGCCGCAGCGCCAAUGGACGUGCUGGUUUCCCACGAGCCCCCUCCUGCGGCGCCCGCUCCGCCCCCGGUCAAGUCCGCGCCAAUGACUGUGGAGCAGCUCGAGAUCAUCAUAUACCGGAAGAAGCUAGUCAAGCUGGAGCGGAAACGGAGGGGAUGGGCGCAGGCGUUUGAGCAGAAGCUGGCGACGUACAGGAAAAAGCGGGAGGAGCUGGAAGGCCAACUAGAGAAGCGGCGUGCGGACCAGGAGGCGCAAAAGAUCCAGGUGGUCGAGGACACGGAGCGGCUGCGCGAGGCGCGAGCGGCGGCGCUGCAGGAAAUGAAGGCGCUGCAAGCGGCGGCCAGCCUUUCCGACAUCGCCGAGCAAGAACUAGAGAAGCGGGGCGCGUGGGAGCCAAUUUACACCGCAGCGGUGGACGAGGUGAAGAAGGCGAAGAAGAAGGCGUGGGAGGAGGUGAAAAAAGGCGUCGGCGAGGUGAAAAAGUCCAACUUGGAGCAGAUGCGGAAGAAGGUCGACGCGUAUAAGCAGCUCGGGAUGGCACUUCCGCAGGCCGAGAUCGAUCAGGAACGGGAACAAUACACGGCGGAGAUCACGGAGAUGCAAGCCAAGCUGGAGGCGCAAAAGGUCCUGUUGGACGCGGAGGUGGCGGACCUGGAGCAGAAAAUGGCUGCGGCGAAAGCCGCGUACAACGAUUACAAGGCCCAGCACAAGAAACUAGAGCGGGAGGAGUCGAGGCUGCAACAGCUGCUUCAAGAGCCGAUACCGUAGAAGCGUGUGCGACGGAGAUUUGCCCGUUUAAAUGUGCAAUAAGCACUGGUGUGAGAAAGCGGGGCGGUUGUCAUUCGCCAAGGAAGCACUUGGCAAGUCGGCAGGCUUUCGAGCUCCCAAGAUUCUUUGGACCUGUUCAGCAGACGAUUCCUGGAUGAAGUACGCUUUCGAGUGUAAAGAGCUGUUUACGGGCGUUGAGAGGUGGCAGCAAGGGCGACUCUUGAUUCUCGUUCUAACAAUCUCGAGGGCUGGCGUCAAAAAGAUGCAACAACUUGGCAUGGCCCUCUUCGCUACCGAGACUGCGGGGAAGACCCUUAGUGUAUACUAUGGUAGGCUGCUUAGCCGCUUUCAUAUGUGGUUGGCAACUCCUAGAGCUCCACAGUAACCAAUUGCCAGGUACUAGAACCAAAUGGUUACUUAUGCCAUGAGCUCAUUGCAUGAGCAUGAGCAUAAGCAAGAGCAUAUAUGCAGAGCUCAUUGCAUAAGCAUA